CUUUUUUUUUUCCUUGCCAUUUUGUGUAUACAAAGUUGAGCGAGACUCUCAACAAUUACAUCAAUUCUCAAAAGGUUAGAUUUUUUUUUUCAAUUAUUUUUAUUAUAUUCGACACCUUCUUCUUUCCUCAACUUUGUUCUUCUUCGCCUCUGUGUGUUGAAUUGAAGUGAAAAAAGAAAAAUCCGAAAAUGCCUUCUCGUUCAAAAAUUUCCCAUUACAAAUUCCUUUUGAGACACGCUUUUCAAUCAUCUCCAUUAACCAUCAACUCGCUUUCACCGGUUCCAACAAAGCUGGUUCCCUACUCAGUCCCAUUUCCAAAACCCAUUUUUUUCCACUCAAAACCCAACCUUUUUCAAUACCCAAUCUUCCAAACCUCACAGACUCAACACCCAACUCACCAGAACCUGAGAAAGUACAGUAAUGAGUCAGCAUCUGGGUUGGACGUAAACAAGGAAGUUGACUCGAUCAACCUCAAGUUUGCAGAGGCAAGAGAGGAGAUAGAGAUGGCAAUGGAAUCGAAAGAGACUGUUUACUUCAAUGAAGAAGCAGAGUGUGCUCGUGCUGCUGUUCAAGAGGUUUUGAACAUGUUUGAAGGGCUUUUGGGGAAGCUACAGGAAUCCGAAAAGUCCGCUUUGCAACGUUCGAUGGGGCUUAAGAUUGAGCAGUUGAAGGCUGAGCUUCAACAGUUGGAUGAUUGAUGAGGUUGGUUCAAAUGGGUUUUCCCAAAAUCAAAUUUUUUGGCUUUGCUUUGCUUCAUUUAUCGGACCUGAUAGAGAUGAGGGUUUAGUGAUUUUAGUGGUGACGUUUGAUUGGAUUGAAACGAUACCAUUUUGAAUAACGGGUUAGUACGUUUUACGUUCUGCGAUUAUGAUUUUGAUGGUGAUGAUAAAGGCAAAUGUCUACUAUUUAGAGGGAACAAUUUAGAAUUGUUGUAAACUUGUAUCAUCUAUGAUUAGAUGAUAACAGCAUCCUUAUUGUUUAUCUGGAUUUUAUAUUUUUUGGAUCAGUUCUUAGUUUUCCUACACUUGUUAUUGGCU